AUGGCUCCAGACGCGGAGGACUGUGGGGAGGUGGAAGCACUAAAUGGGCCUUCAAUUGCAUACGAACCUGUACCGAUACAUCAGGGAAGGAGAAUCAUUCCCGAAGAAGCAGAACCAGCACAGGCCUGGAUCGAAAGCGAUUAUCCCAACCCCGGAAGCGAUAGCAGGACCAAUAGUCCCGGAGAGAACCGAAGACUUCUCGGUAACAAACCGCAAAAGACUGGUUUACAAGCUGGCCUCACUUUAGGAGUUUGGAAGCAAUCGAAAUGUUCUCUGAGCAAGACUGUCAAAAUAAAACCUCGAGUUAAGACGAAGUUCCAGAAAAGAAAAGAGAAGCUAAUCGAAGCUUUGAGGCCGCCUUACUUCAUUAUCAGCAUUAUUAUAUUCAUAGUAUUAUUGCACUUAUGUGGUCCUGAGGAGUGGCGUGCUUGGCUAGAAUGGUCUCCGGGAGCUUGGUGGAGGGAGCCGUGGAGGUUGUUCACCUAUGGCUGCGUGCACGCAGGCACUGCUCACCUCGCUAUAAACGCACUCGUCGCUCUAGCUGUAGGAUGGAGGUUGGAACGAGAGCAGGGAUGGGCCCGCGUGGCAGCAAUCUGGUGUGGAGGUGUAGCAGCGGGCGCCCUGGGUGCCGGCGCACUGCAACCGCGAGUGCGCGUCGUUGGUGCCUCAGCAGCGGUGUACGCAUUGCUCACCGCCCAUCUCCCUAACGUGUGUCUUAGGUUCGGCCAUAUACCCCUAUGGUGGUUUCGCCCUCUCAGCGUGGUAGUGCUCGGCGCUUCUGAAGGAUGCUGGGCCUUGCUGCGAGCACCAGACGCUGGCAACUAUAACAAUCAUGUGGCCUGGGCUGCUCAUGUUCUGGGCGCCGCUGUCGGAGUACCUCUCGGGUUCCUCGUGUUUAACGGUGAGAAUAGCACUGAGCGUCGGAUGGUGUGGUGCAAGAUAGCGUCAAUGGGGGUCGUAGCGUUAGGCGUUGUAACUGCGGUCACUCAUUACGUGUUUUGGUACGACGUCGACCAUUUUACUUGA